AUGUUGGUCGCCCCUUCACUGAACGAUGCGGUCUUCAAGGACACUGUAGCAAAGCACGGCUCGUUUCCCGUGCGGGCAAGCGAGCGGAGCGCGUACGUCAUUGAUGGCUUGGCUGCCGGGCAGGCUUACGAUGUGUUCUUCGUCAUCGAGGGUCUGAAAGGCGUGCGCUCCCCCCUUCCGAUCAAUGACGAUCUGGAGAGUGACACCUGGUAUCAGGUAUCAGCGGUGUCCGAGCGCGCGGAGGGCGUUUACAGCCAGCCAGCCUACGCCGUAGCCAAGACCCACCGAGAGCCGGCAAGAGUACUCGACUGGAAAGCCACGCCAGUUCAUGGCUCUACCGAUUCCCUAUCAUUGCUGAUAAGGCUGGACUGCUCCUCAGCACCCACACACGAGGCUUGCGGGACUUUGAGAUAUGAAGUGACCGAAAAGCCGCCCAAGGGAUCCCCGGCGAACGCCAAGCCUCGCCAAGUUGCUCAAGGCACGGCGGUGGUUGCUGAUGGACGCUUAACACCUCAUGUGGUAUCCGGGUUGUCGCCCGGAAAGGCCCACUCGAUUUCAAUGGCGAUCGAGACUCCGGGCUCCAACGGGGCGUACGGUCCGACCAUGGAGGUGGCCGCGACUACAUUCCCGCGCGCACCCAGGCUCGUCACGCUAGACGCAGCGAGGUCUGACACCGAGGCGUCGACCGUGAUUGUGCGAUACAAACUUUCCGAGCCUGGUGUGGUGCAUGUCAGUCUCGUCGAGAGGGUAGGCCACCCCUUGGCCUUGAUCGGGACCAUGAUCGGGAACCAACAUGGCGUGGGCUUUUCUGUGGAAGUGGGCAUGUCAGCAGGCGACGAGGAGGAGGAGGACGGAUCCGACUCAGCCUUGGAAGGAUCACAGGUUUCGUCGCGUACAUUUAACAACUAG